GUUCUGGUAAGAGGUUUGAAUUGUUUUCAGAUAAAUUAACUUUUUAUGUUAUUGUAGGUGAAGUGUCGGCUCUGCUCUACAGAGCUAUCUUAUAUCAAUAAGAGCACUUCAUCAAUGCUGAGGCAUUAUAGAGCUCGGCAUGGCAAUGAAGAAUUGGCAGAUACUCGUGAGAGUACCCCAGUUCCUAACAAGCAAGCAGUGGAUGAGGCAGUGGUCAAUAUGAUCAUCAAAGACUGUCAGCCACUCAGCUUUGUUGAAAAUGAGGGAUUCAGGGAGCUCCUGAAGCUUAUUCUACCCUCGUAUGCUCUACCAAGCAGGAAGACCAUCAAGGACUUGGUGAGCCAGAGAUAUGAGGAGGAAAAGGAGAAAACCAAAAAGGACCUCCAGAGUGCCGUUGCUGUUACUUUAACAGCUGAUAUGUGGACGUCUAUGAAUAUGGAGGCAUAUCUAACUUUUGUUUCUCAGUAA